AGUCUCUCCGCUGGCUUUAAACCUCAUAAUGCCUUCGGGUCCCACGGAAGUCCCUCCAAGAGAGAACAGCUGGAACACGUCGCUCCUUCACCAUCUAUUUUUAUUUAUUAAUUGAUCGCAUCGCUUCAGCACUGGCUCGGUUGGUGGCUGUCGCGGCCUUUCGCCACUUUAGAGGAAACGAGCUGGUGUUACCGCUGUUACCGUAUCGGUACUCGGUACGAGUACCACUCGGUACAAUACUAAUAAUUGCCUCUACCGGUAUCAGCCUCAGUAUCUAUUCAGUCAACACUGCAGAACACUCGUGGGGAACUGACGUGUGGCUAGCUCAGCUAUCGAGAAACAAACAGCUUCAAGCAACAAGCCUUGCGAACGGAAUUGACGAGUACCUCAAGGCUUAACCCUGAAGGCAGGUGGCUCUGUCCGGACUAUCUCAAGUCACUCAUGCUUCAUCUGAGAGGAAACUCGACGACGGAGCAAAGUUGUGUCGUCUCAUACAUUAUUGAAUUCAAACUAAUUUGAUUCCUCUUCAGCACCAAGCAAUUGCAAGCCUCGCUCUGGACCAAAAGCCUCAGGCAGUAAACAUAUAACAAGGCAGCAUAAGCGAGAGCAGCACGAUACCACGAGACGAUGAACCCGGAGGGAAGACCAUGGUGUGCACGAUCAGACCCGAGAAUGAACCGGGCACUGGAAGCGCGUCUCACGAAUCCUGAUCUUACGCUGUACCAGUGCUUGAGCAUUGGAGGUUUCGAAUACACCGCGGACGACUCCAACGCAGUGGACAACGAAAAUGUGACGCUGAUCCAGAGGAAGAAUCAGCUUAACCGGAGGGUUAGAUCUUUUAAGAGCCGCGCGGCUUCAAGAGAACAGACGAUGUCAGAUACAGCCAAGCGAAAGAAAAAGGCUGCCAGCCGUAGUGCGGCUGAACCUGAACCUGAACCUGCACCUGACCUUAGAGCCACACAGAGCAACGACGAUGCCAACUCUGCUUCAAACACACAAGGGCUUCCUCUACUUGACGAAUCUGCUGGCAGUAUAAGUGCGCUGCUGCAGCAGCAGCCCCCAGCCGCUCCUUUGAGAUCGAGUCAGCCACAGUGGAAUGGUCACGAUUCAAUUUCGUCUUUGACUGCAAGCUUGUUGGCACAUGGGCGUACCAAUACCAAUACUGCUGAUCAUUCUGCCGCUAACGAUCUGUCGUCAUCCGUGAUGCAGCUUUCCUCUUCUGCCCCGCCCAAUCAGCACCCAAGUGCUUCUACCGACAGCGAUCCAAGGCAAGAGGCUGCCAUGAGACUCUUUCAGCAGGAACUGUUGGCUUUGCAGCGCCAAAGUGACAACGGAUCUCAACUUCAGCUUCAGCUUCAGCAGCCGCUUCAGCAGAUGUACGUCUCUCCUCCUCAGCAGCAGACCCAACAGUCAAACAGUUCCGCCUUUGGAGUAGCUCCCACGCAACAGUUCAAUAGCAAUACCCAGUUGGAUUCAACUCCCAGGUUUACAGCAGCUGCAACAACACUGACGCCGCAACACGGUUUUUCCUCCUCCACCACCUCUCAAUCAUCCAAUCUACUCGGAAUGGCUCCUGAUGCCAGGCAAGCCAAUGCCCUGCGACUAUACCGAGAACAAGUGGGGGCACUGUACGAUCGUUGCAUGGCGGCCUCGGGCUAUGGUCCGCAGGAACGCCAGGUUUCUGCACCAUCGUACCAGUCGUUUGUGGUGUUGGCAAGUGGGGGAGAAUGGGAACGAGUCCAAAGGGAUACGGGGCUCGUCCGAACGAUCCAGGGCGCACCGAGGAAUAAUGGUCCUUCGGACAAGAGUCGAUUCAUUUAGUACGGUAUCAUACCGGUAUUGCUAGCCUCCAGCUUGUUGCUUGAUGGGUGGCAAGUACAGUAUACCGGUGGUGUGUACGUUCGACUGAUAUUGUGUUUUUGCAUAAUAUAUCUGUAUGCGAACAAAUCGAGAUGUUUUCAAUUCUAUCGCACAUACCGGUAACCUUGGAACCAGCAGCUGCAAUCCAAGAAAAACCGGCCGGUUGUAAUACAUUGAUGUCCUGAGCUGCUCGAAAUAAAUGCCCCCGCGACGUGAGGAGAUUCCGGUAUUGCCGGCUGGGCGGAUUGCUUGGCUUGAUCCUACAUGUAGCUGGUACAUGUAGCCAGCCAGAGAUGAUCCUCCAGCAGCUAAGUACAUGCAAACUGGUCGGAGCAUUGUAUCUUGCCAGCCCCCUUCUAUAGAUCUAGAGUUAGCCCGUUGUAUACGGUCCCAUCUCGUGCCGGCCUCAAAAAAG